CUCUCGUCAUGCGCACUCGCGUGGUGGUCGUGUCGGUUAUGACUAGCUAAGCUAAAGCCUCGGACUCGAUUUGAAGCGGAACCCCGUCUCCUCCUGCGAUGGAGGGAAUGGAAACAGACAUCGACCCGGAGCUUAUGCAGAAGUUUAGCUGCAUGGGUACAACCGAUAAAGACAUCUUGAUAACCGAGUUUCAAAGACUGCUGGGGUUCCAGCUCAAUCCUGCUGGCUGUGCUUUUUUCUUGGACAUGACUAACUGGAACCUACAGGCUGCAAUUGGAGCAUAUUAUGACUUUGAAAGUCCCAACAUCACGGCACCGUCUAUGUCUUUUGUGGAAGAUGUGACUAUUGGGGAAGGAGAAUCCAUUCCACCAGAUACACCUUUUACCAAGACCUGGAGGAUACAGAACACAGGUUCAGAAUCCUGGCCCCCGGGUGUAUGCCUGAAGUACAUUGGUGGAGAUCAGUUUGGCCACGUGAACUUUGUCAUGGUACGUUCACUGGACCCUCAAGAGAUGUAUGAUGUGAGUGUGCAGAUGCGCAGUCCUGUUGCUCCGGGCAUGUACCAGGGCCAGUGGAGGAUGUGCACAGCUGCCGGACUCUUCUACGGAGAUGUUAUAUGGGUGAUCUUGAGCGUGGAGGUGGGGGGUCUCCUGGGCGUUACCCAGCAGCUUUCUUCCUUCAGAGGGGAGUUCAACACACAGCCUCAUCGCAGUGUGCAGGACGACUACAACCCCUUCGCCUCGCCGCACAAGAGCAAGCAGAGUGGCGACUGCGGUGACCGUCUCCCAGACGAUAGCCUUAGUGAUUCCAUGCGGACAGAACAGAACGGAAUGUCAGACAGUUCUGUGAAUUUAGCAGCAAACAAUCUGCAAAACGUGUCAGUAGUUCCCUAUGGUGAGCCUACUUACGGACCUUAUCCAUUUGGACAGUCUUAAGACAAGGUGUUGGUCAUUCAUACUGAAUGAAACUGUGGCCUUGGGCUCAACUCUGUCAGGGGCUGGAACAGCUGCAGAGGGGCAGGGCUGAGGGCGGCUGCUCCAACUUCUUAGAGACUCUUUGGCAUAUUGACUCCACCCCUGCUCUCACCAUCAUGAUUAAAAUGGCAGGGGUAUUCUUCUCACUGCUCAGAUGCCACCCUGAGCAUGUGUAUGUGAAUGCUAUUUUAAGGAGAGUGCUUGAAGAAUCAUUUUCAAAAACAAUUUUUUUUUAAACAUGAUUAGCCCCCCCUCCCUUUUUUUUAAUUUUAUUUUAAUUUUAAGCUUUACUAUGAACAUAUACAGCAUAUUGACAAUCAGGUACAUAUUUCAUAGUGCAACCAUUACAUGACGCUGUUGCUAAAUGGUGGGAACUUUAGUGUACUGUUGGGUGCGAGGUCGUGUGCAUAUGCAACUUCAACCUGCCACUGAAUAACAGCCCAUCUGAUAAAUAAUUUUUGGCACACUUAUUUACUGAUACUUCCAUCCUGUCUGUUCUGGACUUGAUUAAUAGUGAUUUUCAUAAACAGAAGAGUGCAGAAUGACAUGCAUCUCAGCCUCAGUCUGAGUGCAGAAUGAUUCGUCAGUGCUGACAUGCUGGUUUCUGUUUUACCAGCAGAGGGAGCCAAAUAGUAAUAGCUAGUUGAUUUCCACACUUAGCCUUGAAUAGAGCUCCUUAUUAAUUCAUUUUUUGUCUUCUUUUUUAAAAAUGAAAUGUCUUUUAUUAGACUCUCUUUUCUCACCACUUACCACUGCCUAAUACUUGGAACCUAAAUGUAGGUUUAUUUAUUAGAAUGUGUGCUGAAACUAGUGUGCUGGUUUUAUGAAGCAUUGGUUAUGUUUCUCUCUUUGGUGUUGUGGUCUGAACAGAUCCAGGGAUUAAGGGUUUUCUUAAGCUUUUGAACAUUGCGAAACUUUAUGAUGCCAUGCUGAAACUAGAAUGAUGGCUCAAUGAGUGAUGUUUCUUUACAUCCCACUCGAGACACACACCGGCCUUUCAAAUGUUCUGUCUAACCAAGAUACCUACACUUUGAGCUUUGUAGCAGUGCAAUAAAUUGAAGCUUUUUUUUCUUAGAGAAGACUUCACACGAUCCCUGUCAAUUUAUCAAAGCAGAAUAAACAUCUUGAAAUCUUAAAAAAUCAAGAAUUUUACAUGCUGUAUGCAAGUUGUUAAUUUAUGUACACCCUCCUGAUGACAACUGACAGCUUACGUCUCCUGUUAGUAGAUAUAUUUAAAGGGAAAGGAUGAAUAAUUUCCUCAUCUGUCCUUUUUUCAGGGCAGUGCAUUGGACACUGUCCUGAUUGUUUUGAAGCCAACACUCUGUGUGUGUCAGUGGUUUGAUUUAAUAAGUCGUUUUUCUUCAUGAUGAACUUCCUUGUUUGAGUUGUGGUUUGGAAGUUUGAGCUUAACUUUUCCGGGGAAGUUGUGGGUGUAUUUGCAUGAGGGAUCGAGGGGUUUGCAGUUCUAUGACUGACAGGAUGGCAAGAAAUAAAGCCAGAGUAAAUAACUCUUCUGUGUCCAGAAUCAGUAUGUGAUAGUAAAAGGUAACACUUCACUUAAAAGGGGUAUUCUUGGGUAGACAUUAUGGGUGUAUUACUGUUUAUUACUGUUCCAAUGCUGUCACUACAGUGCUUAUGCCACAACUGCUAUCAAAACUGCUGGUUUGCUUACACAAUCAAGCAUACAUGGAUCCAUAGGAGAGCAAGGGGGAAAAGCCUAGCAGCAGUGGUUGAAUCUCAGAAACCAAUCCCGUAAAAGACAAACCAACCAAAACAUAGGAUGUGACUAGGGAAAUGUCCAUCAGAGGAUUCGUCCACCUUGGUCUUAUAUAUAAUCUAUGGGUCAAAACAAAAUAUAAUGAGUAUCGAUAAUUUGAUCGUGGCUAUAAAAAGAUUCUUUUUCAGUGCUGAAGUUUAGUGAAAGAGCGUAAAUAUGAUGAGAUGACAAUUACAGUGAUUCCAUGUAAGUUAAAGAACAGAUGAAUGUACCGUUAUCUCUGAGGCAGGCUGUGGUGACUGAAUGCUGUAACUAAAAAAGAUUAAUGACUCACUUUAUUGUUCUAUAAUACUGUUUGUUUAAAUAAAACUUCAAAGCCCUGA